AUGGCGUUCCCUCACUUGACUGUGGUGUUCACCAUUGUCCUUUUUAACUUGGGUAAGCUACCAUUAUAUUUGCAUCGUUCAAGUUCUUCCUUGCUGUCAUUUACAGUAGAUGUGCUAACUCAUGAAAUGUCAACCACAAUUUCGAAAUGCGUUCUCGUUUCGAAAAGAUAAAUUAAGUAGUGUUGUAAAACUAAUCAUGAUGCAGCAUAAAUCUAUAAUGAUCCAGUUACCUAAGGGUGCCGGCUUUCGAGAAAACUUAUUUUCGGCUGUAUGCAAGAUCUAUACUCUGCAAAAAAUGACUACAUAAUUAGUAUGCAAUUUUCUCAUUGAUUUUCUAUGCCCUUGAAAAUUCAAUUAUAUUUCAUGGAAAACAUGCAUAAAAAUAUUCAUUCUUUUACUUAUUCGGUAGAAAAUAACGUCUUCUUCUGCAUCUUGUGUGCCUUAAUCCAUGCUAUGUUUUUGCAAUGCAACGAGAUUUUGGCAGCGAAAUUGCCAUUACAAUAUUAAUGGUUAUGUGAAGUGCUGUUUUGGUAACUUAAAGUCGAAGGUAUCGUUGUGUCGUUGCUUAUACAAUUUUGCAUACUUCAAUGAGUUAACAUUUCCCAAAAUUUCUGUUAGCGUAAUAAUCAUGAAUUUUCCUCAGACAGUUACAUUUUACUCCCUCAAUUAGGGUUUUGAUACGUUAUAUUAUUUAUUUAUUUAAUAAUUGUUAUCUAGGAUGUCGACGUUUGCUCAGAUUCUGACUUCUGUUUGCCUAUACGUUUUUUCAGUCAUCUACAGACUUAGCACUUCAAGAAGGUUUUACAUGCGUUAUCUGACGUAAGGGCACAACCAAAAGUCAAAGUAAAAAAACUAGAAUUAUUUGUUUAAAACAACGACUGAUAAUUCUCAGAAAAGUGCAAAUUGUAAUGGCUUAUUUUGGUAUAAUGUCAGGUUUAGAAAUUUAAAAACGAUUACGAAACACCCAAUCCACAUUUUUGGUUUUAAAUGACUAAAGAACAUUUUAACUCAAUGCUUAGAUAAGUCAGUGGUCCAAACAAAUAUUUGCUUUGAUGAAAUACCACGAUCCCUACCAAGAAACCCUUUGUUUAGAUGCUUUGUAGAAAUAAGUUGGACAGUUAUAUGGGAUGGCACGUUGCUUAUCUAAUUAAUCAGAGAUGUGUUUCACUUUACAGUAUUUUUCGCAGUCUUAUUAUUUGCAUCGACAAAUACAGCCAUUCACAUAAGCACAUUUCUUUAUUUAGUCUAAGAAUAACCAUGAUAUUUAUGUUAACAGAAGUGUCACACAAUGUAUGUACCCUCAUAACUAUGACUUCUCCAUAAGUAGCCAGAUGCAGGUAGCACUGCUUAUAAACCCAUUGCCUUAUUCGUUAAUGUUGCGUGAAAUGUGGGUGUUUGAUACAACCUGCGCAUUCAGGCUCAUCUCUGAAUCCCUAAUUACUCUUCUCUCAACAUUGUAAAGGUUCUUCUCGUCAGCAGCCACACACCAGCGUCUGCGAAAAGAAGUACUCGGGUUGUGUGGGCUUCCUCAAUAAGCAGGACAACUUUUCAUCCUAUCGUCAAUGCUUGAAGGCCUGCGAUUUCAAAAACGGUUGGCUUGAUUUCUGGCAAAAUAUUUAGACCUCUUUUUAUUUGGCGAAAGCUAAGCAGAAUUUCCGUUGUUUAGUGCCUACGGCGAAGUCGCGUAGAGCGUACUCCUGCAUCGAUUACUCUAAACCAUGUUCCCCGUUGAAAUUUUAUCAAAUCCACUCAUCUACUGACGCCUUCUUCGAAUGGACCAAAUGCCUGGAAGUAUGUCACGCACUCUACAACGGUAAGGUUAAUUCGCAUUCUCAACCAGCGUCAAAACUCAGUAUAAUUGUGCAACUAUGCCUAUCCCUACUUCUGCAUUAGUAGUGAGAGAUUUUUACUUCAUCAAUUAUAACACUAAUUGAAAGUAACGUGGAAAGGUUUAUUUGCAAGGAAACGCUAUGUUACCCCACAGUGCACAGACAUGGCUCCUGUAGUCGCUGCAGUAUUAACUCAGAGACUCUUGUGCUGCUCUAUGCUUAUGCUAUUACUAAUUUUUUAACCUUUCCGUCCUAGACGAUGGGAAAGUAACGGCUUCGGGGGAGAUCUGCAUGCAACCGAAGAAAAAUUGCUUCAGUUUUGCAAACAGUGAAGGGACCGUUGACAAAUUCAUGAAAUGUUAUGUGGACUGCCAAGUAACUAGAAAAGGUAAAGUAUUCGUUAAGCUAUUAGCUGAAUGAAUAUUGCUACUGCAUGUUUAAUGAUAAAACAUUUUGUUUCAUUCAGAAACCGAGACAUAUGUGAAGGACAUGUACGUGUGCAGUCCCAACCAACAAGAAUGCAUUAAUUCCAUAUUCUUUACCCUACCGGGAGAAAAGGAACCGAAACAGGUACUAACGAAGUGCUACCAGAACUGCGGAAUUGGUGAAGGUACAGUUGAAACAACGUUUAUUUAUUUUUAUAAUGAUUUGUAUUUUCGUAAACUUGCUUUAUUGUACAUCCCAUAAUUAAAUAUUGUUCUAGCAGCUUUUGAAUAUUCAAAGACCCGAGGCGCAUUUGGACAAAACUGUGCGCGAAUAGUAUCCUAGAAACAUGACAUCAAUUAGAAAUUCCUUGCAUAAUAUGCUCUAGAGAUGACAGGGUUUAAUCAUCGAAUAUUGCAGAGAACACGGAGAAUGAGCUAAACUCGAAAACUGUUACAGAAGUUACUAUUAAUGGAUAUACCAUAUUAGAAACUGGACUAACUUUAGGCCAAAACAAAUAUAGCACCUGUAUAAAGUGGUAAACUGAAGAGAGCAAACCCGAAAAAACCUCGGACAGAUGGCUAUUAAGAAGAUAUUUAUUAUUUUUCUGCAGGUAAGAAAGAAUAAAUCGCAAGGAAAAAGGGAAAAAUGUCAAAACGCAGGAGCAAUAAGACUGUCUUUCACAGAAAAUCACUGAUAUAUAACACGAAAAAGAGGAGCAACUGCAUAAAAAGGACGCAUAUGCAUAAAUGGGAGGAUAUUCGAUAUGCGUACAAGUAUACAUUGCAUAACAUAUCAAUUACGACCGAAUAUAUAUAUCAACAUAAAAUCAAUUAUGAUGCAGUGCAAAAUAGGUGCGUAGCAGGUAAAUUAGCGGAAUUACUGCUUUUAGGAAUAGAAGCCCGAAGGGUUGACAUCCUAACGGAUGCAGUGCCUACAUGUGCUCUCGCGUCCAAAGGCAAUACAUGCAUACAUAUAUAUAGCGUUUGCCAUUGAGUAGGCUGAUGACUGCAGUCUGCAUGAGGAUGUCUGUGCCAGGCCAAUGCAAACUUAUCUCCCAGCAGGCCGUCUGAUGCCGCGGCGUCUGAUGGGGCGGCGGCGGCUACAGCGGCGGCCGCCACAGCGGCCGAUAGACUUGAUUUUACGUGACAUAAUUCAUUCAGGAAUUCUUUGCCUUUGUUCACUCAAACCUCAUCAGCUCUUCCAUUUGCAACCACUCAUACAGCACCAGCUCCCGAACCAGAAACAGGCGGCUUCAAAUGCGACGAAGAUUCCCAGACCUGUGUAUCCUGCACCGACGAGGAUGGCGAAUGCUCGGACUUAUCCACUUGCCAGGAUUCCUGCGGCAAAGAAGGUAACUUCUCCUCUUCCGCUGCCCCCACCUCCCGACUUACUGCUAACUAA